CGAUAUGCGCAAAACAUAUGCGCACUGAUUUGUUUACAUCAGUAACCGAAAAUGGCAGUAGUUGUCGAUUUAACAAAAGGUGAAACAACAACAUUCUAUGGGUCGUCAGCUGAGGAUGUCAGCUAUGCAACAAAUUUUUGGCAGUCGAUUCAACUACAUCCGCCAAUGGAGUCCCGCCUUGUCUCAAGUGACAUAAAACAACGAUUGAAAAUUGCCCCUCCUAGUUCACAAGCAAGGCAUGUAUCACAGUCAAGGCAAGAAGACUCAUCAGCUGUCUUACAGAGUUUUAUAUCAAGAGCAAGAACAAUGGAACAUUUGGAAGAGUUCUCUAAAAUACAGAAGUUCGCUGAGGCCAAGGCUGAAGACAAAUCAUUAAUGACAAAACACAGAGAGAUUAGGAAAAAGAAAGAAGAAAUCUCAAGGCACAAAGGUGUGAAACCCAUGGAGAAGCCUGUAGAGAGAUUACCAAAGGAAGAUUAUAUAGUAGAUGAGGAAAAUGACAUUGAUGUAUUAAAACAACUGAACGAGUUUGAAGAAGAAAAAAUAGGGAACAAUGACUCGGAUUCAGACUGAGCUUUCGUAGGAUAUUACUUAUAUUUCCAGCAUUGUUUAAUUGUAUAAUAUAAGUAAACUUAUCACAUAAGCCCUAGUGAAGGAGGGUUAUAAAGC